UUAGGGGAAGCUGAGCUUCCCUUGCAGUCUUAGAGCCAUCGCCUCUGUUUCAAAGCGAGACUUAAGUUCAUGCGUGAUCCAAUUCUAUGGUGAUUCGAGACCUGACUCUGCGCAGCGCUGCCAGUUUCGGUUCCUUCCACCUGAUCCGCCUGUUGUACGACGAGUACAUGUUCUACCUGGUGGAGCACCGGGUAGCUCAGGCCACCGGAGAGACGCCCAUCGCCGUCAUGGGAGAGUUCAGUGACCUGAACUCCAUGAUGCCAUCACUCAUGGAAAAAGACGUGUCUUUCUCGGAUGAGCUGAGCGACCUGGGCAGCGACGCAGACGUGUCUCGAAGCGAGCCGGCCGUCAAGGGGGAGCGCAGCGCAUCGAAAUGA